AAAAUUAGCAUUUCCCUUAAGUUAAUAGUCUGAAAAGUGAAUUGAACAUCAACCGUGCAGUAUACUGUUUUUGAGGAAGGUGAGCACACUGACAGAAAGCAAGAACCACGUCGUACUGCACAGAAGCAGUAGUCACAAGUCACAACAGUGUCUGUUGGUACUGUAGAAUCAUUGUUUCUUUCUUCAAUUUUCAAAACACAAAAUAGGAAGAAUCACUUCAACUCAAAUAAAAGAAAAAAUAGCUUAAAACACAACCAUAUCAUAUAUCCACUUUAACUACUACUACUACUACUACUACACCAUGAAAAGCCAUCAACCAAAACAACAGCUUAAAACUCAACUAUUCUCAUGUGGCUUUUUUCGACAGUGUGGCCAAACAGUCCUUAGUCCAACCGCCACCGCUCCCACUCCACCACCACUCACUCUCCCCUCAACUACAACAACAUGUGAAUCUUCCACUUCUUCCUCUUCAAAUUCCGCUACCACUUCUCAAAGCUUCACUCAGUGGCGUUUCUCUAUUCCCACCCCCACUUCCACUCCAAACACCCCUCCACCUACACACACUCAUACUCAUACUCCACCAUCACCACCACCACCUCCUCUUCCUUUUCUUUCCACUAUUACAAAUCUCCAAGAACUCUUCCACGUGUCAGACCUACAAUUAACCACUGAUCUCAACGCUGCACUUCAUCUUCUAGAACGUUCUCUUGUUCCCAAUCCACCACAAGAUCAACCACCGUGUCCUCCUAAUCUCAUGCGCGCGCUCAUCCGUAAUUUACGCGAAUCCAAACCAGCUACCAAGAUUCUCUUCGCGCUUUGUCUCUCAGAAACUAACCGUCGUGUUGCGGUGGAAGCCGGCGCCGUUGGCGCCGUCGUGGAGUCUGCUCCGGAGCUAGAUUGUUCUCCUGCUGAGAGAGCUCUCGCUGCAUUGGAGCUUAUGUGUACGGUACCGGAAGGUGCGGAGGAGGUUAGAGCUCACGCGCUGGCGGUUCCGGUGAUGGUUACUGUGAUGGGAAAAACGGGAGCGCGUGGGAAAGAGUAUGCUAUUGGAGUGCUGGCUGUGAUUUAUGGUGGUGAUGCGGCGGAUCAGCAGACGGCACCGCCUGAAGAGGUGGCGCGUGCGGUGGAGUUGGCUCUUCAAGGAGAGUGUAGUGCUAGAGGGAAAAGAAAAGGGGCCCAGCUUUUGAAGACGCUGCAAAAUCUGUCUAACCCUCACUCUCAUGAGACAAGUUGAAUUGGAGAGUGAAUGCCACUCGCGUUCAGAAAUUAAAUUUAAUUAAAUUAAUAAUGUAUGUAUGUAUGUAUGUAUCCAUGAAGUGUCAAUUUAUUUUUCUUUCACCACUGGUUCCAGCUCUUCCGAUCACAGUUGCGGAGAUCGAACCGUGGUCCUUCGUUCAGCGUCAAUCACUCAUGAACUAACUAACGAUUGGUCAUGAAGAGUCAAUUUGUUACCACCCCUUUUGUUCAGUUCUGUGUCAUUAUCGCUUGCUGCAUCAAUGCAUCAUCAUGCUUGUAAUA